AUGACGUCCGCAGCUGGAGCCAAGCAGGCUCCUGGCCACGAUACCGAGGCUGCGCAGCCUGCCAUGAUUCAGCAGACAGUCGAGACGGCUGGCAAGACGGACACCUACUCCUCUGCCGACGGCCACUCGCAGCGCGGUUCGAGUCCCAACGCGACCCCCGACUCGGGCGGCCACAAGGAGGCUGGCGUGAGCAAGGUCGAGGCAUUCAACAAGGUGCUUUACCAGUCAGGCCGCAAGGGCAAGGUCCUGCUCUGGGUGCUGGGCGUCUCCAUUGGCUUGACCAUGUUUGCGUACGCGCUUGACAUGGGCCUCACGAGCAGCAUCUUCAGCACCCUAGCCUCCUCCACCUUUGGCGUGCACAGCUCGCUCGGCGCCGUGAGCACGGCCAGUCAGAUCAUCCGCGCCAUCAGCAAGCCCUUUAUCGGCAAGCUGGCUGAUAUCACCUCUCGACCGACCACCUACGUCGUCAUUCUCUGCUUCUACGCCGUCGGCUUCGCGGUCGCUGCCAGCGCCAACAACUUUGCCUCGUACACGGUCGGUAUCUGCUUCACCUCGGUCGGCAAGUCGGGCCUCGAUCUCCUCAGCGACAUCAUCGUCGGUGACCUGACCCCCCUCGAAUGGCGCGGCUUCUUCGGCGCCACCCUGUCCUUGCCCUUUGUCGUGACGUCGCCUAUUAAUGGCUUCAUUGGUGAGGGAUUCGUCGACAACUGGCGAUGGGGCUUGGGAAUGUUUGCCAUUCUUGUCCCCGCUCUCCUCCUCCCCGCCAUCUUCACCCUCUACACCAUGCAGCGACGCGGUGAGAAGGCCGGCAUGGUCACCAUGGCCGACUCCAAGAACGUGCGCACCGGUCUCGAGGAGGGUGGUGCCAAGGGCUUCAUGUACUGGGCCAAGCUUCUGUACGCCGGUCUGAUCGACAUUGACAUUGCCGGCCUCGUCAUCCUCGGUUUCGCCUUCUCUCUCAUCCUCCUGCCCUUCACCCUCGCCAAGAGCGCAGUCGGCGGCUGGGGUAACCCGAGCAUGAUCGCCAUGCUCGUCAUGGGCUUUGUGUGCCUCGGCUUCUUCAUCUUGUUUGAGAUGUUCGUCGCCCCCAAGCCCAUCAUGACCAAGCGCAUCCUGAAGAACCGCGCCUUCCUGGCGGGUGUUACCAUUUAUACCUUCAACCAGAUGGCCUCGUCAGUCCGCAACACCUACUUUGCGUCUUACAUCUACAUCAUCAAGGACUGGACCACCUACGAGUGGAUCAUCUUCCUAAGCACCACGAUCAUGGGUCUCAGUCUGCUCGGCCCCGUUGUCGGUCUCAUCCAGAGGAAGACCCAUCACUACAAGUCCAUGAUGGUCUUUGGCGCCACCGCUAGGAUUAUCGGGUACGGUAUCAUGGUGCAGCCCAGCGGCAACAUGACGCAGGACACCGCCCGUCUCGUGGCCGCGCAGCUCAUCUUCUGUUUGGCCUCCUUCAACGUCGUCGGUGCCCGUGUCGGCACCCAAGCGUCCGUGCCCCACGAGGACAUGGCGUCCAUCAUCUCCGUCCUCACCCUCUGGUCCACUCUUGGCUCCAGUAUUGGCAGCGCCAUCGCGUCUGCCAUCUGGACCAACCAGAUGCUCGACCAGAUGUACGUGGAGAUGCCCAACGUGCCCAAGGACAAGAUUCUCGAGAUCUACGGCAGCAUCACCGCGCUGCGUGACGAGUACGACUUUAUGGACCCCAUUAGGCAGGGCUCCAUCCGCGCCUAUGCCAUUGUCAACGGUAACAUUACUGUCACGGCCUUGUGCUUGGCCUGCGUACCCUUCAUCGCCUCGUUCUUCAUGCCCGACUUCUUCCUCGGCAAGCAGCAGAAUGCCGUCACCAACACGGGUCUUGAUGGCGAGCUUGUCGACGUUCCUACCAAGAACGGAGGCCAAGAGGUGGUCGAUGAGAAGCCCAAGACCAUGUGGGAGAAGAUGCGGGAUGCAUACCGCAAGUAA